AUGCAAAAUGCUCAAACGAGGAGUUCUUCUACCGACAGCGGAGUGGGUGGCAUAGGUGGUAAUAGCAAAAAUGGUGUAGAAAAGAGACCCCUGACAGAUGUGAAGCAAACGAUGGAUGCUGAAGCAGCUGAUGCCGCAUUCGGCCACAAAUCUACUGUUGAAACUAAACCAAACAUGGGGUGGCAAGCUUCUCACAGCAAUUUGGCUGCAUUACACGAAAAGGAGCGGAAAUAUGAAAUGGAACACCACCAUGCUCGUCAUAAACUGCAUCGCCAAGUUAUUCCGGAUUACACAUCUGCUUCUACCGCCAUGUUCAGCGACUGUAUGUUCAACACAGCACCAAGUCUCAGUACAGUGAAAUCUUCUGGGCUCUCGCCAAAACAUCCGUUCAACAUAGUUGCCACGUUUAAAGGACCCUUCCCGCAGCAUAGUAUGAAAUCGAAGCCUCUGGAUGGUGGAUACUCUGCCAAAGACCCUUUUCCGUCAUUCAGGAUGUUGCAAGGCCAGCAGCAUCCAGCUCAUCGUCAUUAUAAAGACAACGACAAUUACGGCCUUAAGUCACCUUCCCGGUCCUUCGUGAAAGACAAGAAAAGGCUGGUUCACCGGUUUUUGAAAUCUAUGGAACCUUCUUCAUCUGUGCAUUCCAAGGAUUCGUCUACGCUAGCGCCACCUUUUAACCCAAUAUUGCCCAAUGUCAUGCCUAAACCUUCCAAGCGACCUUACAGACACCGUUCGCAUACAUCAGACGGUAGUUCCAGCUCGCAGACAGAUAUAUCGCUACAGAGCUUGCUUUAUCAUGAUCUUGAAACCUCCCCAAAGAAGGAUGUUUCGCCCUUGCCCUUUGCCAAGAACUCAAGGCCGCCCUCUGUAGUUUCCGAAUCCUCUCCUGCGGUUGGUAAUUCCAAUGGCCUUUCGCCAAAAGAUGUUUGCAAUUCUUCGCUUUCUCUGUCGUCCUCAUCUUCAUUGUCUUCGUCUUCAUUGUCUUCAUCAUCGACAUCUUUCUCACAAUCAGUGGUUAUUGACCCUCUUGAACCUCCCGGAAAUAUCACGUAUAGUAGUUCGAAUCUUUCGCUGAAUUCUGACGAAUUAGACUACUAUCAGCGCCAUAUCGGAUUACAGUUGCAGCAGACAGAAGCUUUACUAAAGCACAAUUUGAAGGAUGAGGUUCUGAAAGAUGAGAAUGAGCUGGUUAAAAACAUCGCAAGUUUUGACAAGACUCUUAAAGAGUUAAGGGACCUAAAACUCAGGACCAUUGGAUGGAAAGAACUCGUUGAAGAGGACUACCUUAGGAAUUUGAAACAGGAUUUUGACAAAAAAAAUCCUGAAUCAUUCGAGUCACGCUUGAGUGAUACAAUAAAUACGAAUGUGGCCAAGUUACAAGACUUGGAGCAAAGGAUGGCUUCCUGCAAGGAGAGGUUGGCCUCUAGAAAGGAAACGAUGAGAAAAAUGGAAAGUUUAUUGUCCUUGGAAAAUUCCUUGAUGAUAUCUAAAAAAAAUGUAACAUUUACCUCUAAAUACCGCAACGAGGCCCUCGAUAUUCUUUUUUUAAUCAUCAUCAUUGUCGUAUGCUAUACCUUCAAGUAUCUAAUAUGGCAUCAUUGA